AUCUAUAUAUCACCGCCUUCUCUUUUGCUGACAGCUUGAAGCAGCAGUAGCAGCCACGUCCAUGUUUACAGCAUAAGCAUAGCAAAUGGUGUCAAAACACCCAAAUCACUGAAAUAUCGUCUUAAGUCGCGUGCCUUCUUAACACACGAAAAUGCCUCUCAGACUGGAUAUAAAACGUAAACUGACUGCACGGUCUGACCGUGUGAAGAGUGUAGAUCUCCAUCCAACAGAGCCAUGGAUGUUGGCAUCUCUCUACAAUGGCAAUGUUCAUGUAUGGAAUCAUGAAAGCCAACAGUUAGUUAAAUCAUUUGAGGUGUGUGAUGUUCCUGUGCGAGCUUCUCGCUUUGUACCACGUAAAAAUUGGAUUCUUACUGGUUCAGAUGACAUGCAAGUGCGUGUUUUUAAUUACAAUACAUUAGAGCGGGCUCACGCGUUUGAAGCUCACUCUGACUAUGUUCGUUGCAUCAUUGUGCACCCAACACAGCCCUACAUCCUCACAAGUGGUGAUGACAUGCUUAUCAAGUUGUGGAACUGGGAAAAGCAAUGGGCCUGCCAACAAGUUUUUGAAGGACACACCCAUUAUGUCAUGCAGACAGUUUUCAAUCCUAAGGAUAACAACACUUUUGCUAGUGCAUCUUUGGACCGUACCGUAAAGGUGUGGCAGCUUGGGUCCAACACUCCCAAUUUCACCCUGGAUGGUCACGAGAAAGGUGUAAAUUGUGUGGAUUAUUAUUAUGGUGGUGAUAAGCCAUAUUUAAUAUCUGGAGCUGAUGAUAGGCUUGUUAAAAUUUGGGAUUAUCAGAACAAAACUUGUGUUCAGACUUUGGAAGGCCAUGCGCAAAACAUUUCAUCAGUUUGUUUCCAUCCUGCUCUGCCCAUCCUGUUGACUGGUUCUGAGGAUGGAACAGUACGUAUUUGGCAUUCUGGCACUUACAGGCUUGAGUCUUCUCUCAAUUAUGGUCUUGAGAGAGUAUGGACCAUUGCUUGCAUGAGAGGAUCCAACAAUGUUGCUCUUGGGUAUGAUGAAGGAAGCAUCAUGGUGAAAAUAGGAAGGGAAGAACCAGCAGUUUCCAUGGAUGUGAAUGGUGGCAAGAUUAUCUGGGCCCGUCACUCUGAAAUACAACAGGCAAAUCUGAAGGCAAUGGGUGAAACGGACGAUAUCAAGGAUGGUGAGCGUCUCCCUCUUGUUGUCAAAGACAUGGGAAGCUGUGAAAUCUACCCUCAGACAGUUGCUCACAACCCUAAUGGAAGGUUUGUGGUUGUUUGUGGAGAUGGAGAAUACAUCAUUUACACUGCCAUGGCUCUGCGUAACAAAGCUUUUGGCUCAGCCCAGGAGUUUGUAUGGGCUCAAGAUUCAUCUGAGUAUGCCAUUCGUGAAGGAUCCUCCACUGUAAAAGUGUUUAAAAACUUUAAGGAGCGCAAAUCUUUCAAACCGGAAUUUGGAGCUGAAGGCAUAUUUGGUGGUUUCUUGCUUGGCGUCCGUUCAGUUUCAGGCUUGUCAUUCUAUGAAUGGGAAAGCCUUGAAUUAGUCCGACGAAUUGAUAUCCAGCCAAAGCAUGUGUAUUGGUCAGAGAGUGGAGAACUUGCCUGUUUAGCAACUGAAGAUAGCUACUUCAUCCUUCGCUAUGAUGCAAGUGUUGUUGCUAAAGCAUUAGAAACAAAGGAAGGGAUGAGUGAAGAUGGAUGUGAAGAAGCCUUCACUGUUCUUGGAGAAAUGCCAGAAAGUGUCAGGACAGGAUUGUGGGUGGGUGACUGUUUUAUCUACACCAACAGCGUGAACCGUGUGAACUACUAUGUUGGAGGAGAAAUUGUUACAGUCUCUCACCUAGAUCGCACCAUGUAUCUCCUGGGAUAUGUUGCUCGAGACAAUAGAUUGUAUCUUGGUGAUAAAGAACUUAAUGUUGUAUCAUAUAGCCUCCUGGUUUCAGUGCUAGAAUAUCAAACAGCAGUCAUGCGAGGUGAUUUUGAAACUGCAGAUCGAGUACUACCCACGAUACCUCAACAGUAUAGGACAAGAGUUGCUCACUUUUUGGAAAAGCAGGGCUUCAAACACCAAGCCUUAGCAGUGUCAACAGACCCAGAACAUCGGUUUGACUUAGCCGUGCAGUUGGGUGACUUAGAAACAGCUUUGUCUCUUGCACGGGAGGCAGGGGUUCAACAAAAAUGGCGACAGCUUUCAGAAUUAGCUCUGAAUAUGGGCCAAUUGGAGCUUGCUCAGGAAUGCUUACACCACGCACAGGAUUACGGCGGUCUCCUGCUUCUGGCCACGUCUGCAGGAAAUGCUACAGUUAUGAAGCAAGUGGCUGAGACUGCUGAUACCCUCGGAAGAAACAAUGUUUCAUUCCUCUCAUAUUUCAUGCUUGGAAACUUGGAGAAGUGUUUAGAUAUUCUUAUUGCUACUAAUCGAAUUCCUGAGGCAGCCUUUUUUGCAAGAACGUAUCUCCCAAGCAAAGUCUCCAUGGUUGUCGGUCUGUGGCGCGAGCUUCUAAAGAGCAAAAAUCAAAAGGCUUCGUUGGCUGACCCCAAGGAUUACCCUAACCUUUUCCCUGGUCACUUGGAGUCCCUCAAAACAGAACAAUUUUUGCGAGCAGAACGCCAUACUCAGCUACCUGCUUCAGCUUACACCUUGACUCCGGCUAAUCAUGAGAGGAACCCUAUUGCUGAAAUGAAAGCAGCAGAAGCCAGUGGUCAGUUUAAUUAUGUGCCAGAAGAAGAUUCAAAUGUCACAGAGGAAAUGGAAGAUGCAGAAAUGCCACCUGCAAGACCAUUUGUCCCAGCUGCAGCCCCAGUGCAUGCAUCACCUGCUCCAGUUCCUACUCCUGUUGCGGUGCAACCACCUUCCACACCAAUGUCCUCGAUGCCGCCACCAUUAAUCCCCACUUCUUCGCAGCCAAGCCCAGCCCCUGCGUUUUCAAUGCCGCCACCCUUAGUUCCAACAGCUGCCUCACCGCUUCAAGAGUCGAAAGCCCCAGCAGAAACCAAACAGAAAGCACCACCUAAAGGGACUGUCUCAGAUGAGUCGCUGGACUCAGAUCUCGACCUAGAUCUUGAUGACAUUGAUCCAUCAGACUUGAACUUUGAUGAUGCAUUGUCCUUGGAUGACUGACAUUCCAAUAAUACCAAUGGUGAUGUGGUAAAACUUUCAUAAUUAUAAAAUUUCUUCAAGCUCCUUUUGUGUUGUGUGUAAAAAGAACUGACAAAAGUUAAUAACUUUCUUGAAGCAAAACAAUUUAUGCAAAUGUUGAAGUUGUGUGAACUUGGCCAGACUAUGAUACUAUGCCCUCAUAUUUAAUGUUUUAGUAAUUUGUUUUCCUGUUUUGUUUUGUAAUUAUCUUUAAAAGUUAUAACUUAAGUUGUUUUGAAGGUUUUUAAGAAGGUUUUUAAGGUUUUGAUGUGGAGCCUUUGAUAUGGAACCUUUGAUAUGGAGUCACAUUUGUUUGUGUUAUACUGUAUUGGAUGUCCCAAUUAUUCAGUUGUAGAUAUUGAACUAAAAUAAAGAUACUUGGUAGUAAACAUUAUUAUAACUGUGAAUGAAUGAAUGAAUGAUGCAAUGAUAAAAUGAUUUAUAUAGCUUUAUAAAAUUGACUGUCAUCUUUGUACAACCAAUAAAGGGAAAAAAUGUCCAUU